AUGGCUCACAAGAUCAAGAAUGUAAACAAAGAGUUUGAUGAAAUUAAGAGUUACAUGGAUUCAUUCAAUUUUGCAAGUGCAUCUAUACCUACAAAUCUUAAAAAUAGAAAGACCAUAGAGACAUUCUCCUUUGUAGAUGAGUCUGUUGUUGGAAGGGAUGAUGACAAGUCUGAAAUAGUAAGCAUGUUAACUAGCUCUGACAAUCAAGAUAUUCUUUCAGUCCUUCCCAUAGUUGGAAUGGAGGGGAUUGGAAAAACCACGCUUGCUAAAUUUAUCUACAAUGAUGCUCUUGUAGCAAAUUUAUUGCUUCGCCGUGAGCACUGUUCAUUUAGCAAUGGAGAAUUCAUGAAAGCUGACUUGCAAGAAUUGGAGCAGUGGUGCUUCAAAGCAACACUCCAGCACAUAAGGCAGGCUGUUGGGUUUCUGUCUUACGUUGCAUCUAUUGAGUGGAAGGUUUCAUAUCAAAAGCCUCACAAAUCCUUGGAUGAGAUUGCCAAAGAAAGCUGUUUGAAGCUGAAAAUUCCAGUCAUAUCGUAUUGGAACAAUGUUCUCAACAACAGAUAUGGAUCUCAAGGUGUUUUGGCAUUUCAUGGCGGCCUCAGGCUUCUCUUCUUGAGUUGA